CUGUUUUGAUUGAUGUUACUGGGAGGGCAAGAUUAGCUAAUUUUGGCAUAAGCAGACGCUUACUCAAAGGCCAAACAACUUUACGUACACGCAGUGCAGGAACCAAAUGCUGGAUGGCCCGAGAGACUUUAGCAGAAGAAUCUGUCAUAUCAUACAAGUCAAGCACUGACAUACAGGUGGCAGGCAUGCUGGUCUAUUAUAUCCUCUCUGGAGGCCACCAUCCAUUUGGAGACAUAUCCUUUAAAUGUGAGUCCAACAUUUAUGAUGGGAAGUACAGUUUGGAUCAUGUUCAAGAUGUGGUGGCAAAGGAUCUGAUCGAGUGGAUGAUCAACAAUGAACCAAAGAAAAGACCCAAAGUAGAAGAAUGCUUAAACCAUCCCUUCUUCUGGACUCUGAAAGAGCAGUUUGAAUAUUUGAGGAAGACUGGCAACAGGGAGGAGGUGGCAAACUGUCGAAAGGCUGAUGAAAAGCUGAUUGCUUCACUAGAAGCAUGUGCUAAUGGAUCCUUCAAACAGUGGAAAAAUAAGUUUCCACAAGAGCUGGUUCAGAAGAUGGAUGGUAGAAAGCCGUACCCUGAAACCACGCUGGGAUUACUGCGCUUUAUACGCAAUUUCCAUGAGCAUAAUCGCGAGGAAGCUCCUCAGAUUGACGUAUUGGUGUUAUUUCCUGAUCUCUUUGGGUGUGUUUACAAGUUUACCAAGGAUAACGGCUGGAAUUUAGAAGGAAAGGAGGAAAUGUUUGAAAAAGAAGAAACAAAGGACAUUUGUACCGCCUUUGCAAUGAUGUCUACAAGUACGGACGACCCUCUGAGUGUUCCAGUUCAGGAGUCUCAAUAGUGACUUUAAACAAAGUUGAAUUCAAUAAGGACGAAGGCUGUCAUUAAGGCCUGUACAGUAUGACAACCAUUCAGAGAAAAUGUAUAUAAGCAAAUACUAUUAUUAGAAGUACAGAUGGUAAUGAAAGCUUUGAAGGAUGCUUUAUUUUGUUCAAACAUGUGUAUAUAUAAGAACACCACAGAAACCAAACUAGCAAAAUCAAAAUGUGUUCUGCACAAUAAGCCAAAGUUUUGCACCUGUUGUUCAUUGUGACCACUUUCCAAAUCCUGAUAGAAGGAGAGAUGUUAUUUUAAGGGACCUACUAGUGCUAGACUUCAGUAAUGUUAUUUGUAUGGUUUUAUAUUUAGUAGUUAAUUUAAAAUGUGCUAUUAUGGUGGCUCUAUUUGCAAAUGUUAGUGAUAAAAAAAUCUUUGUUACUUUCAGCUUUAUUAGAUAGAUCAGUGGAAAAACGACAGGAAAGCAGGAGCAGAGAGAGAAGGGGGAAGACAUGAGGCAAAGGACCGCGGGUCAGACUAAAACCCGGGCCGGCCCUUCUCGGCCAUAUGACA